AGAGUAUAUCGAGAUCUUUCUGUGUGUAUUGCUUUUACAAUAUGUAAUAUGGCUGUAGGCAAUAUACUGAUUUCACCUUGUUGUCUAUCAACAAAGACACCGUAUUCUGUCUGUCUCCUGAGAACUAAGCAACAGCAAAGCUGAUUUAAGAAAGUUUAUGGAUGUUUGCUCUGCACCUUCACCAAGGAAAAGAUUUUCCCCAUCUUCUGUUGAGUGCAUGUCUGACGUCAAUGCUCAACUUCAUCCAAAUAACCAGUAUUUAAGUUUAACUAAAGCAGAGCCCUCUGGAUCACUACAAAAUACAGAUGAGGCAGGGGACAGAUUGCUAGGAGUAGGGGGUGGGGCGGAAUGGGACCCUGACAUGGGAUACUGUUCCCACAGUACUUCUAGCAGUUGUCAUUACACUGAGCAAGGAACAGAGUUGGAUUAUUGCCAGUCUAAUCAGUCAGAUUGUUCAGAUGUUGAAUACAAUGGAUUUGUGCAGGGAACAGAUAAAAUGGAGGACGUAGUGCAGCACUUUGGAAACUAUUUCCAAGGACAAUUUCAUCAAGUACUUCAUCAUUUGAAAACUUCAGUUCACAGUAUUUUGAACGAACAGCAGGAUCAUCUGAGACACAUUAUUGACUUUGUAGGCGAAUCAAAUCAGAAUAGUUCUGAAAAUCUUCAUGAUGAGAAGAAUUCCCUGCCUUUCAAUGAGGAAAGUAACAGCCAGGUGUUGCCCUUGUGUACCAGCACAGCAUUCAAUCUGGAGGAGAUGGAUGCACUACCUCCCAUUGAUGACAACGAAUUCUCAGAUUUCUAUUGGACGCCUGAAACAAGACAGCCUGACCAAUCACAAAGCAGUUACAUUAGUGAAUUUCAAUCAAGCCUAGAACAACCCUGCAUGAGUUCUGUUAACCAAACUCUGGAGGAACCAAAAGAAAGACUUUUGCUUCAUGUAUUUUCACUGACUUGUGAUGUGAACAACCUUUUACACAAACCAGAGUUUAAAACUUGACAGUCUUUUACUAUUAAAUUAUUGAUGUGUCUACA